AUGGUCAAGAUCGAAGAAUUCGCCGUGGAGCGGUGGAUGGACGAGUAUGAGAACGAUGCCAAGUACAAUCUCGCAGAGACCUGCUGUGCAUCAAUCUCGCUCAACGAUCUCAUGUCCUUCUCUGGUCAGCAAACCAGCAUCAUAGACUAUGCUCAGAAGCAAGUCUACGGUGCAAUCCGGGGGUCGAAGGCAUUGAGGUCUAACAUUGCUCAACUGUACACCACCGAAUCUUCAGAUUCCCUGUCUCCAGACAACGUUCUCGUCACCAAUGGUGCCAUCCAGGCCAACUUCCUAGCGCUCUACACAAACGUGGGGCCUGGGGAUCAUGUCAUUUGCCACUACCCGACUUAUCAACAACUGUAUUCGGUUCCUGAAUCUUUUGGCGCCGAGGUGGAUCUUUGGAGAUCAAAGGAAGACGCUGGUUGGCAGCUGAACCUGGAUAAUCUGAGAUCAUUAAUCAAGCCGAACACGAAACUCAUCAUCAUUAACAAUCCACAGAAUCCAACGGGUGCUAUUCUCAAGCGUGAGACACUACAGGGAAUCGUUGAUAUAGCACGUGAGCACAAUAUCAUGAUCCACAGCGAUGAGGUGUAUCGGCCUCUUUUCCAUUCCCUCGAUGCUGACCAGCACGAGAACCCGCCAUCUAUUCUCUCGCUAGGAUAUGAUAAAGUGGUUGCCACGGGCUCAAUGUCAAAGGCAUUCAGCUUGGCAGGUAUUCGUCUCGGAUGGAUUGCCUCGAGGAGUCCUGAGAUCAUAGAAGCAUGCGCCUCUGCUCGCGAUUACACCAUAAUUUCUGUCGGACAGCUCGACGACAGCGUCGCGACUCUUGCUCUCAGCACGCCAACCGUGCAUAACUUACUUGAGCGCAAUAUUCACUUAGCCAGGCAAAAUCUUGCCACGCUGGAAACUUUCAUAAAAGAAUUCGAGUGGGCUAUUGAAUGGACGCGACCACAAGCAGGCACCACCGCGUUGGUCAAAUUCGUCAAUCGAGAAGGAAAGCCGAUUGACGACGUUGUAUUCUGUCAACAGCUGCAGAAGCAAACCGGUGUGAUGUUCGUUCCUGGCAGCCAGUGUUUCGGGGGUGGAGUUGACUUCAAAGGUUACGUCCGGGUCGGCUUUGUUCCAGAACACCAUGUUAUGGUAGAUGGCCUCCAAGCUCUAAGAGAAUUCAUGCGCAACGGGUAUGAGCAGUUGCCUGUUGCCACUGCAUGA